AUGGGUAAUAAAGGAGGAAAAAAAAGUGGAUCAACACAAUUAACACCAAAACAAAUUGCUAUGCUCAAGGCAAAUACUAAUUAUACGGAAAGAGAAAUCCGAGAAUGGCAUGCGGGCUUUCUUCGUGAUUGUCCUAAUGGUCGACUUGAUAAAAAGAAAUUUUGUGAAGUCUACAAACAAUUUUAUCCUCAGGGCAAAGCAGACAACUUCUGCAAACUUGCUUUUGAUACAUUCGAUACAAAUGAUGAUGGAACAAUUGACUUCGAUGAAUUUCUUUUAGCUAUUUCGGCUACAAGUCAUGGUAAUCUCGAUGAUCGACUUGCAGUUGCAUUUGAUAUGUACGAUAUAUCAGAUGACGGAUUUAUUGAUCAAAAGGAAUUGACUAAGAUGAUUACAGCUAUGUAUGAUCUUGUUGGUGAAACUAAUCGUAAAGGUGACAAUGAUCCGAAAAAACGUGCGAUUGAAAUUAUUGGAAAACUUGAUGUUGGUGGUGAUAAAAAAUUAAAUAAACAUGAAUUUAUUGCUGGGUGUAAAAAUGAUCCAUAUAUUCGCCGAUUACUUGCUCCUAAUGCAUAA